AUUCAGCAGGCUGCAACAGAGUCCACAUCAGCAAAAAUCUGAGCUGGAGAGAAAAAAAUAAAGAAGAGAGAAGGAGCGGUCUCUUCGUGAAGCGCCGGGCUAAGACACAGAACACGAGAGCCUUCCGCCCGCUUGCAGCCCGAUGCGAGCGCUAGCGCCGCCGCUUCCGAUCCCGUGCGUCUCCCUUGCCUCGUGUGCUUCUCCUUCCACCUUCACGCGCAGAAUCCAUUUUUCCCUCGCUCCAAAUCGCUUGGUGCACGCCAAAUCGAAGCUUUAAAGUCUCCAGCUUCCCCCAAAUCGCCACCACCCCAAAACUUAGAACAGCCGCCGGCGCCGCAUCAAGGAGAUGGGUCAGCAGUCCAAAAGGACGUGUGCACCGACGCCUCAGGUCGUCCCGCCGUCGCUGCCUCAAUUCCUUCCGCCGUUGAUGCCGCAUCUCGUCCCGCCGUCGGCGCCACACCUUGUCCCGCCGCUGUCGGCGCCACACCUCGUCCCGCCGCCACGCCAGCCCGGACCAGGUGCCUCGAUUCCUCCACAGCCACCAAAGGCAGCGGCAGCCUCUGCACCAUGCUGUCUCCCCCAGACGCAAGGCCCUUUGUGGUACACGAAUGUUGAUGAUCUGAAUCCAGAAGCAUGGGUAGUGGAUUCUCACCCACCUGGUGGGUUCCUUGGUUUUUUUAAGAACACGCCAAGCCUUUCACAAGCUGUGAGCAAUGGGACUUUAUCGCAACAAAUCAAGAAAGGAGAUGCCACCAAUGGUGGCGAGUGUGCAAGGACUGAAAAGCGCUUGCUGUGGACAAAAGAGGAAGAUCUUAGAUUCGACUAUGCCGUGUCGUGGUGACUGCUGCAUGUGCAACCUACUGUGGCUGAAGAUUGUUGAUGCAGAUGGAUUCGUUGCUCCAUUUACCAUCAAAACUAAUGGCUUAUUUGCAUUGUCUCUUGUUUGGUUAAUGUUUUCUUAAAAAGACGGGUUGUAAUGUUUAAGUGUCGAUGUCAUGGUGUUAUGCGCCAUCAGUUUAUUGAUCGUCGGCAUCAAGAUUAAAACUAAAGGCUUGUUUGCCGGGCGUCUUAUUUAGUUCUAUGUUUGGUUAAUGCUUCCUUGGAAAGACUCAAGCAAUGUUCAA